GCGCCCUAUAAAUUCAAUAAAAUCGCCAAUGUGUCCGCAGGUUACACGCACGAGUCGUGGAUCAACCACGAGGAACCACCCAAGUACGCGACGCUGCGCUCAGCGGCGGAACUGGCCCGACCAGUGGCACCGUCUCCGCCGCCUCCACCAGCCGCGCCUCAAGAGCUGGCCGCAGUGGUGACCGGGUCCAGCCUGCACCAACCACACCCGGCGGCACCAACACCGACAACUCCGUCGUCGUCGUCCACCUCGCUGAACCUGCCGCCGAGGAAAAGCCUGUCCAUGUGUUUCACCAGUACAGGAACGGCGCUGUCGUUGCCCCCGAAGAAGAAGGACAUCUACAGGCCGUACAGCCUCCAGCCGACGUCGGAGAUCCGCACGUCGGCCGAGGAGGAUCUGUCGGCCGCGCAGGCGAUCCUCGAUCUGAGCGCGUCCCCGGCUGCGCCCACGCACUCGGUCUUCAUUCACACUUUAUCGCCUCCGCCGCCGCCGCCGCCGCCGCCGCCACCGCCGCCACCGCCGCCUCCUCCUCCGCCUCCUCCAACGGCGACCGGCCAGCUGCAGCCGACACAGUUGCAGCCGGCGCCGAACGCGCAGCCUAUCCCUGUCUCGGUGUUGGUACCGGUGCCUAGUUCGCAAACCAACCAGCUGCGACAACAGGAGCAAACCCCGCAGCCCCAGUCGCCGGCCACCGCGGAGGCCAACGCCAACAACUGCUCCGCCGGCAGAGAUGGCAGCAGCGGCAGCAGCAGCAGCAGCAGCAAGACGGUAGCCUACACGUACGAGGCGUUCUUCGUGUCGGACGGCCGGUCGAAACGUCGGAACGCGAACGCGAAUGGCGCGGCGGUUCCCGACAAGGAAGCCACGCAGCCGGAUCGGCCCAAGUUCACGUGCACGGAGUGCGGCAAACAGUACGCCACGUCGUCCAAUCUGUCCCGGCACAAGCAGACGCAUCGCAGCCUCGACUCGCAGUCCGCGAAGAAGUGCAUCCACUGUGGCAAGGCGUACGUGAGCAUGCCGGCCCUGGCGAUGCACGUGCUCACCCACAAGCUGGCCCACAGUUGCGGCGUCUGCGGCAAGAUGUUCUCCAGGCCUUGGCUGCUCCAAGGCCACCUGAGAAGUCACACCGGCGAGAAGCCGUACGGGUGCGCGCACUGCGGCAAAGCGUUCGCCGACCGGUCGAAUCUCCGCGCCCACAUGCAGACCCACUCCGCGGACAAGAACUACGAGUGCUCGAGAUGCCACAAGACCUUCGCCCUCAAGUCCUACCUGAACAAACAUCUGGAGUCAGCCUGUCUACGCGACGACGAGAUGCCGCCGCCACCGUCGUCGUCAUCGCAGCAGCAACAACAACAACAACAAGCUGCGAGCAACGGUAGCAACGCGACGACGCAACACCAGCAGAGCAACAAUCGUGGUUUG